AAUGAGAUUUUGCGGAGUUAUUUUAAUGAAUGAAUUCUAAACAAAAUUAUUUUUAAACUUUUUCAGAUUUUGUUAUGGAUGUCAGGGGCAAUUGAAAGACCAACAUAUCUAUGUUUGCACUGUGUGCCAAAAUGUUUUCUGUGUGGACUGUGAUGUUUUUGUUCAUGAUUCUCUCCAUUGUUGUCCUGGCUGUAUUCAUAAUAUUCCAACUCCUUCAGGAUCCUAGGCAGUAGGAUAUAAACACCAAAAAAGAGGACACAAACUUAACCUCAUGGAUCUGUGAACCUCCCAGCCUAGAAGGCAGACCUAUAAAGAACUCAGUGUGAAAAUGUGAAUACUAUGCCAAGUGCUAUGGGAAGGCAGAAGAGGAGCUGUAAAAUGGGCUUGGAUGCAAACUCAAAUGGCUCAAGGGGCCAGACAGAUAAUGCAAGACAAACACAGCAUUUAUACUCAGACUACACAUUCUCCUUCCAUUUGACUGGGACUCUGGAUAAACCUCUAGAAAAUGGCCACUCAGGAGAAGGCAGCUGAAGAGAGGAUUUCCCAGUUUGAUUAUGCUCUCCUCCCAGAGCUGUCUGCUCUUCUAGGCAUAGAUGCGUUUCAAUAUGCAAAGGAAAUAGAAAAACAGGAGCAUGAAGAUCGAGAAAAAAUGCAGAAAGGCUUUAACUCAGAAAUGCGCAGUGAAGCAAAAAGGUUAAAGAGUUUUGUGACCUAUAAGUCCUACAGCUCAUGGACACCACAGGAAAUGGCAGCAGCUGGGUUUUAUUUCACUGGCAUAAAAUCUGGGAUUCAGUGCUUUUGCUGUAGCUUGAUCCUAUUUGGUACCAGCAUCCGGAGACUCCCCAUAGAAGACCACAAGAAGUUUCAUCCAGAUUGUGAGUUCCUUUUGGGCAAAGAUGUUGGUAACAUUGCCAAAUAUGAUGUAAGAGUUAAGAAUCCAGAGAAGCUAAGAGGAGACAAAACAAGGUACCAAGAUGAGAAGGCCAGACUCGAAUCCUUCAAGGACUGGCCAUUUUAUGUCCACGGGAUAUCCCCAAAGGAGCUCACAGCAGCUGGCUUUGCCUUUACAGGUAAACGGGACACUGUGCAGUGUUUUUCCUGUGAUGGCUGUUUAGGAAAUUGGGAAGAAGGAGAUGAUCCUUGGAAGGAACAUGCCAAAUGGUUCCCCAAAUGUGAAUUUCUUCAAAGUAAGAAAUCCGCAGAGGAAAUUACUCAGUAUAUUCAAAGCUACAAAGGAUUUGUUGGUGUCACGGGGGAACAUUUUGUGAAUUCCUGGAUCAAGAGAGAUUUACCUAUGGCGUCAGCUCAUUGCAAUGACAGCAUCUUUGCUAAUGAAGAACUAGGACUGGACUCGUUUAAGAACUGGCCCCAGGCUCCCCCUAUGGGAGUUACAGCUCUGGCCAAAGCAGGCUCUUUUACACAGGUGAAUAUAAAGGACAUCAUCCAGUGUUUUUUCUGUGGAGGAUGUUCGGAAAAGUGGGAGGAAGGUGAUGACCCAUUAGAAGAUCACACCAAACAUUUUCCUAAUUGUCAGUUUCUCCAAAAUAUAAAGGCCUCUGCAGAAGUGAUUCCAGACCUUCAGAGCCAUGGUGAACUUUCUGAAUUAACGGAAACCCCAAGUGAAAGCAACCUUAAAGAUUCAGCAGCAGUUAGUUCUAUCGUGCCAGAGAUAGCCCAGAGUGAAGCCCAGUGGUUUCAGGAGGCAAAGAAUCUGAGUGAGCGACUGAGAAAAGCCUACACCAAUGCCAGUUUCUGCCGCAUGUCUUGGCUUGAGGUGUCUUCCUGUCUAGCCACCGACCGUUUGCUGGGUUGUGAUCUGUCUCUUGCUUUAAAACACAUCAGCACUCCUGUGCAAGAGCCUGUGAUGUUGCCUGAGGUCUUUGCCAACCUGAACUCUGUCAUGUGUGUGGAGGGGGAAGCUGGUAGUGGAAAGACGGUCCUCCUGAAGAAAAUAGCUCUUCUAUGGGCAUCAGGAUGCUGUCCCUUGUUAAACAGGUUCCAGCUGGUCUUCUAUCUCUCCCUUCGCUCUACCAGACUGGAGCAGGGGCUGGCCAACAUCAUUUGUGACCAACUCCUAGAGACAGAAGGAUCUGUCACUGAAAUGUGUCUGAGGAGUAUCCUCCAGCAGUUAAAGAAUCAGGUGUUAUUCCUUUUGGAUGACUACAAAGAAAUGUGCUCAGUCCCUCAAGUCAUAAAAAAACUGAUUCAAAAAAACUACUUAUCAAGGACCUGUUUAUUGAUUGCUGUCCAUACAAACAGGGCCAGGGACGUCCGCCAAUACCUAGAUACGAUUCUGGAGAUCAAAGUGUUUCCCUUCUAUAAUACUAUCUAUAUAUUACGGAAGUUGUUUCCACACAAUAUGUCCCUUCUGCAAAAGUUCAUGAUUCACUUUGGAGUGAAUUCAAGUUUGCAGGGAAUUCAGAAAACUCCUCUUUUUGCAGCAGCAAUCAGUGCUUAUUGGUUUCAGUAUCCUUUUGGGGAGUCCUUUGAUGAUGUGGCUGUUUUCAAGUCCUAUAUGGAAUGCCUUUCCUUAAAGCACAAAACUUCAGGUGAACUUCUCAAAGCAGCUGUGUCUGCCUGUGGUGAGCUGGCUUUAAAAGGGUUCUUUUCAUCUUGCUUUGAGUUUAGUGACGAUGACCUUAUAGAAGCAGGAGUCGAUGAAGCUGAAGAUCUAACCAUGUACCUGAUGAGUAAAUUCACCGCCCAGAGACUGAGUCCAGUCUAUCAGUUUUUAGACCGUGCAUUCCAAGAAUUUCUUGCUGGGAUGAAGCUGAUUUUACUCUUGGAUUCGGAUAGGCAAGAAGAUCAAGAUUUGGGACUUUAUUAUUUGAAACAAAUUAACUCAUCCAUGAUGAUUGUAAGUCCUUGUAACAACUUUUUGAAUUACAUCUCCUGCUACCCUUCAACAAAAGCAGGGCCAAAAAUUGUAUCUCACUUGCUUCAUUUGGUGGAUAAUAAAGAGUCAUUGGAGAAUAUAUUUGAAAAUGAUGGCAACCUGAAGCACCAUCCGGAAAUUUUGGAGAGGGAGGUGCUAUUAUUUAGGAUGUUGCGGCAUUUAUCUCCACAAGAUUACUUUUCUCUGGUUUCAAAACAUUUACUGGCUCUUGCCUUAAAAAUUGCUUAUCAAAGCAAUGCUGUUGCUGCAUGUUCUCCAUUUAUUUUGCAAUUCCUCCAAGGGAAAACCCUGACUUUGGAUGUGCUUAAGUUACAGUAUUUUUUUGACCACCCAGAAAGCCUGUUAUUGUUGAGGAGCAUCCAAGUCUCCAUAAGAGGAAAAAAAAGGUCACCCAGAAUGGAUUAUUCAUUCCUGGAAACAUGUUUAGACAAAUCACAGGCACCAACUAUAGAUCAGGACUGCGCUUCUGUCUUUGAACUUAUGAAUGAGUGGGAGCAGAAUUUAGCUGAAAAAGAAGAAAACGUGAGGAGUUUUAUGGAUAUGCAACGCAAUGCACCACCAGACAUCAGCACUGGCUACUGGCAACUUUCUCCAAAGCAGUACAAGAUUCCCCUUCUGAAAGUCUAUGUGGCUGACAGUGACGGUGUGGACCAGGAGAUGCUCAGGGUCCUAAUGGCAGUCUUCUCAGCUUCACAGCACAUUGAACUUCAUUUAAAGAACAGCAGGGGCUUUAUUGAAAGCCUCCGCCCGGCUCUUGAGCAGUAUAAGGCCUCUUUUACCAAGUGUUCCAUAAGCAAAUUUGAGCUGACUGCAGUAGAACCAGAAUUGCUUCUCGACCUGCUUUCCCUGGAAUCUCUUGAAGUUUCAGAGACAACCCAGGUACAAGAUCAACUCUUUCCCAAUUUGGACAAGUUCCCAUGCCUGAAAGAGCUGUCUGUGAAUCUGGAUAAAGAAAAUAUUUUUUCAGUCAUUUCUGAAGAAUUCCUAAAUCUCCACCAUAUGGAAAAAUUAUGGAUCCGAAUUUCAGGGGAGGAUAGUCCUUCCAAACUAGUUAAAUUAAUUCAGAAUUCUCCAAACCUUCAUGUUUUCCAUCUGCAAUGUAAUUUCUUUUCGGAUUUUGAGUCUCUCAUGACUGUACUUGCUUCCUGCAAGAAACUCAAAGAAAUUAAGCUUUCUGGAGCAUUUUUUAAAGUCAUCCCAUUUGUCAUCACUUUGCCAAAUUUUAUUUCUCUGAAGACAUUAAAUCUUGAAUUCCAACAAUUUCCUGAUAAGGAAACAUCUGAAAAUUUUGCCUACACUUUAGGUUCUCUUAAUAACCUGGAAGAAUUGAUCCUUCCUACUGGGGAGGGGAUUCAGCAAGUGGCCAAACUGAUCAUCCAGCAGUGUCGGCAUCUUCAAUAUCUCCGAGUUCUCUCAUUUUAUCAGACUUUGAAUGAUGACAGUAUAAUAGAAAUUGCCAAGGUAGCAAUCGAUGGAGGUUUCCAGAACCUUGAGAACUUAAGUCUUUCAAUCAAUCACAAGAUUACAGAGGAAGGAUAUAAAAAUUUCUUUCAAGCACUGGACAACCUGCCAAACUUGCAAGAGUUGACUAUUUCCAGGCAUUUCACGGAAUGUAUCAAAGCUCAGGCCGUAACAGUCAAGUCUUUGAGUCAAUGUAUGUUACGGCUGCCAAGCCUCAUCAGACUUAACAUGUUCAGCUGGCUCCUGGAUGAAGAAGAUAUCACACUGCUUACUUCUAUGAAAGAAAGACAUCCUCAAUCUAAACACUUAACUAUUCAUUGGAAAUGGGUACUGCCAUUCUCUCCAAUCAUUCAGAAAUAGAUUUAGCUAAAAACUGCUGAAUCAAGAAAAUUUUUGUCAACAAUUCUAAAAACCUAAUUAUCCAAAAAUAUUUUAUUAAAUAUUGCAUACAAAAGAAUAUUUGUAAAAUAUAUAAGGAAUGUAAAAAAACAACAACAAUCCUGCUUGCCCAUCACUGAGUUCAAGAAAUAGAUUAUUACCAGUAUCUGUGAAGUCCCUGAGUGAUUCUCCCCAACUAAAGAUCAGCCCUUCAAUCAAGUUUAUACAUCUAACCCUCCAUUCAGAGUCAGCAUCAGGUUUUCAGGUUAACUAUGGUAAAGAGUAACAAAGCCACAGGGAGGGGUUGGGGAAGAUACACUGAUCUAUCUUAAAGCCACAA